AUGUCUGCCCCAAGACUCAUCCAGCGCUUCGCGCGACCCUCAAUGUUGCAAUUCUUCCCCAGAACAACCCUCGUCCGUCGCUCCUUCGGCAGCUCGGCAAUUCGUACCAAAGACGAUAAGCCGGCGGAUUCCUACCCCGGAAAGGUUGAGCAUUUCACGGGCGGUCGCCAGGAGACGGGCGCGCAGAAGCCGGAGCUGGGCGUGGGUGAGAUGGAGGGGAUUACAUUUAAGGUUGAGCCGCUGAAGCGGACUGGGGAGGAUGUUUCUACCAUAAGGGCCCGGUUGUUGUAUCAGAGCCGGAAGCGAGGAAUUCUUGAGUCCGAUUUGUUGCUUUCUACCUUUGCCGAUGUUUAUCUUUCCAAGAUGGACAAGGAGCAGCUGCAGGAGUACGACCGCUUCCUCGACGAGAAUGACUGGGAUAUCUACUACUGGGCGACACAGGAUCCUCCUACCGAAGACAAUGUCGCUGAGGAUACCCCCACCGAGACCUGGAAGCGCACUGGGGCUAAGAGCGGCGAAUGGGCCCAGACGGUCGGUGCCUAUAAGGCUGCUUACCGGCCCGUUCCGUCUCGCUGGGCUGAGUCUGAGGUCUUGCACCUGCUGCGACAGCAUGUGCAGGAUAACAGUGCUACUGGAUUCCAUGCUGCUAAGAGUAAGAAGACGGGUGGUGCGGGCCUUGGCCGCAUGCCGAAUGUUCAGGUGUUUGAUUCGUGA